CUUCCGUCCAGGUCACCUGUUUUGGCGGCAGGCCCCCCUGGAGGACCCCCGCGUGCGCGCGAGGCUGGAGAUGGAGCCUGUGACCUUUGAGGAUGUGGUUGUGAACUUUACCUCAGGAGAGUGGGCUUUGCUGGAUUCCAGUCAAAAGAAGCUCUACAGAGAUGUGAUGAAGGAGACAUUUUUUAACCUGAUCUCCAUAGAGAAAACACAAGAAGAAAAUGUGGAAGAGGACUACCAAAAUCUCAGGAGAAAUCUGGGAACUCAAGUGGUUGAGGAAGACGAUGAAUAUGUAUGUGAUAGUCAGAGUGAAAAACCCCAGCCACAGACCCCAGAGCGUAUUGGUAAUGAGGAUGUGCCCCCUGCAGUACCAUUAUGUGAGAGUAGUCUGUGUGUCAGGAACAUUGGAAAUUCACCCUCAGAUGUGCACCUCAGUGAUCAAACUAAAGAGAAACCAUUUGAGUGUAAGGAGCCUGUGGAGGCUUUUAAACAUGAGAAAUGUUGGGAAGAGAUGAGUCAUUCUAAGUCAUUUCAGUUGCCUGAAAGUUCUAGAGAGAAAUCAUGUGAAAAUCAGCCAUGUAAUGCAGCUCAUGAGAGUCUUCACUGUGAUCAGCAUCAUGAGGGAACUCACACUGGAAACAAACACAGCGAGAACACCUUUAUGGAUGACCAGACAGAUGAAAGAAGCCAUACUGAAGUAAAACCAUUUGUAUGUAAGCAGUGUGGAGAAGCCUUUGUUAAUUCCAGUCACCUUAUCAGCCAUGAACGAAUUCAUAUUGUAGAAAAGUGUUAUAUUUGCAAACAAUGUGGAAAAACAUUCAGAUAUUUGUCAUGCUUUCAAAAACACGAAAGAAUUCACAGUGGAGAGAGGCCUUAUGUGUGUGAGCUUUGUGGGAAAGGAUUUAUUCAGUUGAAAUACCUUCUCAUGCACCAAAGAAUUCACACUGGAGAGAAAUCUUACCAAUGUAAACAUUGUGAAAAAGUCUUCACUAUUUCCAGUGCCCACAAUGUUCAUGAAAAAAUUCACAGUGGGGAGAAGCCAUAUUCAUGCUUGCACUGUGGAAAAGCUUUCACCAGUCCCAAUGACUAUAGGAGUCGCGAAAGAAUUCACCCUGGAGAGAAUCCCUUCGUAUGUAAAAAAUGUGGGAAAGCAUUCAAACGUUUGGGUCAUUUUAUGAAUCAUGAAAGAAUUCAUACUGGGGAGAAGCCUUAUGCAUGUAAACAUUGUGGGAAAGCCUUCACCAGUUCCAGUGACCGUAACAGUCAUGAAAGAAUACACACUGGAGAGAAACCUUUUGUAUGUAAAACAUGUGGGAAAGCCUUCAGUCGCUCCGAUUAUCUUAUCAACCAUAGAAGGAUCCACACUGGGGAGAAGCCUUAUACGUGUAAGUAUUGUGGAAAAGCCUUCGCCACUUCCAGCGACAGAAAUAGUCACGAAAGGAUUCACACUGGUGAGAGAUCCUUUCUCUGUAAAAAAUGUGGGAAAGUAUUCAUUCUUUCUGGUGAUCUGAUCAAGCAUGAGAGAAUUCACACGGGAGAGAAGCCCUAUGCCUGCAAACAUUGUGGAAAGGCUUUCACCACCUCAAGUGCCCGGAACAGUCAUGAAAGGAUUCACACUGGAGAGAAGCCUUAUACGUGUAAGCACUGUACUAAGACCUUUACCACAUCCAGUACCCGCAACAGUCACGAGAAAACGCACACUGCAGAGAAGCAUUUUGCAUGUAACCUUUGUGGAAAAAUCUUCAACAGCCAGAGUUCUUAUUACACUCAUCGAAAAAUUCACUCUAUGAAAGAGAAACUUUAUGUGUGUAAACACUGUGGGAAAGAAUUUACUUACUGUGGUAAUUUCCUCAAGCACGAAAGAAUUCACACCAUAGAAACCUUGUCUGUUGUCUUUCAGGUCAGUGGCCUGGAGUGCCUGGCCAGCGAUGACUCCAACCCGAGGACCUACCUUGAGUCUAAGGAGAGGCGACGCUCACUUAGCACGCAUUUACUCCCAAACACUGCAGGAAGCAGAGCGGUGACAACCCGCGUCGCAGGCCGAGGGAAGGGCUGGGAGGGGGGAUGGCUGGUACGAUGCCUCAUCACCCUUCGGGAGGACUCGCGUUUGCAUCCCCGGAACCCAAAGCCGGGCAAGCCUCUCUCCGUGCGGCUGGAGGCACGAUGCCCUCGGGUUUGUCCUGUGCCACCGAGUCCAGAAUGUUCGGAACAGCUAGAGUGGUUCCCGCGGAGCUGCAGCGGGGCCGGCCCGGCCGGCGGCUGCGCCCUCUGCGGACCGCGGGCCCUUCGGGGAGACCGCGGUUCCCGUCCGAAAAGGGCAAUGGAGCCAGUGACCUUUGAGGAUGUGGCUGUGAACUUCACCUUAGGAGAGUGGGCUUUGUUGGAUUCUUAUCAAAAGGAGCUCUACAGAGAUGUGAUGAAGGAGACCUUUAGCAACCUGAUCUCCAUAGGGAGAACUGAGGAAGAAAACAUUGAGGAUUACCAAAAUGUGAGGAGAAAUCUGAGCAUUCACGUGGUUGAAGGACUCCGUGAAUUUGAACAUGGUGUUCAGUAUGGAGGAACCCACCAAAGGACUGGAGAGCAGGCUGUCAAUGCGUACGAGCCUCCUGGAGUAGGGCAUGAAAACAGUGCGUGCGAAAAUGAUGGCGUCGGUCUCUCACAGGCAGAUGUGCCCCUCAGAGGUCCAGGUGUAGAGAAACCAUAUAGGGAUCAGCAAUGUGUGGGAAAGCAUUUUAAGCAUAGGAAGUGUUGGAAGGAUUUUACACACUCUCAGUCCUUUCUUACCCUUGAGAAUCCUUCCAGAGAGAAACCCUAUGGAAAUAAACCAUCUAAUGAGCCCUGUAGGAGUCUCGCUUCUGGUCGAGAUUGUGAGACAACUCAUACUGGAGAUAAUUUCCGUGAAUAUAAACAGCUUGAAACAGCUCUCAUGACAUGCUGUUAUGUUCAGUCAUAUGAAAGAAUCCAAACUGGAGAAAAACCAUUUGUGUGUAAGGAGUGUGGAGAAGCCUUCAUUAAUUCCAGUCACCUUAUCAAACAUUAUAAAAUUCAUACUAGAGAGAAGACUUUUGCAUGUAAGUAUUGUGGAAAAGUUUUCAUCCAUCCAAGGGCCUGUUACAAUCAUGAGCGCACUCACACUGGAGACAGACCUUAUGUAUGUAAACAGUGUGGCAAAGCAUGUAUUCAUUCUUACCACCUUCUCCAACAUGAAAGAAGUCAUACCCGAGAGAAACUUUAUGCAUGUAAGCAGUGUGGGAAAGUAUUUGGACGCUCUUCAUACCUUCGCAAACAUGAACGAAUCCACACUGGGGAGAAACCUUAUUUAUGUAAGCAUUGUGGGAAAGCCUUCAGCGAUCCCACCACCCGCAACAAUCAUGAGCGGACUCACACCGGAGAGAAGCACUACGUUUGUAAACAGUGUGGGAAAGCCUUCAUUCGUUCUUCCCAGCUUCUGAUCCACGAAAGAAUUCACACUGGAGAGAAGCCUUACUCGUGUAAACAUUGCGGGAAAGCCUUCACCUACUCCAGUGCCUGCUACAUUCAUGAACGGAUUCACACGGGAGAGAAACCCUAUGUUUGUAAGCAGUGUGGGAAGGCCUUUACGUGUUCCACGUACCUUCACAAACAUGAACGAAUCCACACUGGAGAGAAACCUUAUUCAUGUAAGCAGUGUGGGAAGGCCUUCAUCCAACACAGGGCUUGUUACAAUCACGAACGAAUUCACACUGGAGAGAAACCGUAUGUGUGCGUGCAGUGUGGGAAAGCCUUCACUUUUUCAAAAUCCCUUCAAAUCCACGAAAGAAACCACACUGGAGAGAAACCAUAUGUGUGCAAGCAGUGUGGGAAAGCGUUCACGUGUUCUACCUAUCUUCACCAGCAUGAACGAACUCACAAUGAAAAGAAAUCCAGUGGAUAGAACUCAGAGCAGUGUAAAUCAUAUGAGAGUCUUUGUAUCCAGCCUUCUGUUACUUCAA